CUGUUUCUGGCGUUUUUCUCGCAACGCUUCUACCUCUCCUCAUGCGGACCUCCAGCUCUCGUCGCUCGAACCUGCAGCCUCUCAUGAUACCCGAGCUCUUAGCUUCUUCUCCGAGGGAAGCUGGAUACCACUCGCCAGCCGAGAGUGAUAGCUUGCAGACCCCAACACCUAUAUACGACCACGGCGAGAUUCAUCUCCAGUUCAAACAUGUGUCACAAGACCAUCUUUCUCCGCGCAUUCAUCCGUACAUACGCAAAGGACACUGCGAUACUCCACUAUCUCCUUCUCCUCUUCAAAUCUUCCUCCCGUCCCCGAAAAGUCUCGAGCUUUCCUUACACGCGUCGCCGUCGUCCUCUCGUUCGGCGAGCUUCUCACUUCACGGAUCGCUCUCCAGCAGCAGCGGCAGCUUUGUGAGAUAUAACAGUGAACCUCAGUCAGGAAACCUCCGAUGCAAACACGCCAAUCCUCGUGCUUCUUCUGAUCCCGACGCUCGCACUAGUCGCACACCCCAAGAGCGACCAUUGAACUUGAAGGGAUCAGCCCAUUCACCGCGUUUCCC